UAUAAAUUACGGACGGGGGGUCAAAAAGCAUAGGCUCUCUCUCCAUUCCGGAGUCCAUUCUCGUUCUUCUACCGUUCUUCACACAUCUUCCAUGUCCAAAACAUCGUAUCUCCUCGAUGUUUAGGCGCACGUAGGCAUCGUCAUUCGUUAGCUCUUGUCUGCUCCGACAAGUCAGCAGCGGAACACCAAACAGGAACAUAGAGAGAGAGAGAGAGAGAUGGAGCUUGCGUUCUGAGUUCCCCCCACGUUGCGCGGAUUGCCCAAGAACUUGGGCUGUCGAGGCGUUUCGCAGGUACAACCGCAAGCGAAGUUAAGACGACACACUGCGAGUGAGGUCAGCAUCCUAAUGCUGCCUCCUUCCUCUCUCUCAUGAGUUCGUGUCCUUCACUUUGAGCCUUGUGCAUCGCGUUCUCUGCCCCCAGCAUCGAAGACUCCGCCCUUUCUGUUUUUUUUUAUUCCUUUUCCAAUCACCCUUUUCGUUGGAGAGGAAAAGAUCGCUCCUUUUUGCGUUUUCUUCCCUUCCUCUUAAGCUCGUGAUGGCGGCUUCAAUGGCGGCCUCUCCGCUCUGCACAUGGCUGGUGGCGGCUUGCACGUCGGUCUCCUGGGAGAACGAGCUCAAAGCGAACCCGUUUCAGGGCUCCAGGAGACUUUCAAAGAGGCUGAAAAGGAAGGUCCUUUCGAAAUGUUGUAGCGAUACGAGCAAUGGCCAGUCAACCAUUUCUCCCGUUUCUGGAUUGAUAUCGUCUUUCUGUGGGUCGAGCAUUCAAGGUCUCAUGAGUUCGUGUUUGGCUUUUGAGCCUUGUAGUGAUCACUACAGAUGUAAUGGGCUCUCGUCUCUGUUCGGAUCGAGAAAUGUUGGCAUAAAUCGGAGGCAGAAGCGCACAAAUCGAGCUCGCUACCCUGGAGAAACCAUGGCAGUGGCCCUGCAACCUGUUCAAGAAGUUUCAACGAUGAAGAAACCUGUUACGAAGCAAAGGCGGGUAGUAGUGACUGGGAUGGGUGUGGUAACUCCCCUAGGCCAUGAUCCAAACAUCUUCUACAAUAAUUUGCUGGAGGGUGUCAGUGGUAUAAGUGAGAUAGAGACAUUUGACUGUGCUCAAUUUCCAACGAGAAUUGCUGGGGAGAUCAAGUCUUUCUCAACUGAUGGAUGGAUUGCUCCAAAACUCUCUAAGAGGAUGGACAAAUUCAUGCUUUACAUGCUCACUGCUGGCAAGAGAGCCUUAGACGAUGGUGGAAUGACUGAUGAUGCUAUGAAAAAUCUGGACAAAGCUAAAUGUGGGGUUCUCAUUGGCUCUGCAAUGGGUGGGAUGAAGGUUUUCAAUGAUGCUAUUGAAGCUUUAAGGAUAUCAUACAGGAAAAUGAAUCCCUUUUGUAUACCUUUUGCAACAACUAACAUGGGUUCAGCCAUGCUUGCAAUGGAUCUGGGAUGGAUGGGCCCUAAUUACUCAAUAUCAACUGCUUGUGCUACAAGCAACUUUUGUAUCCUGAAUGCUGCAAACCACAUAAUCAGAGGAGAAGCUGAUGUGAUGCUUUGCGGUGGCUCAGAUGCAGCAGUUAUUCCUAUUGGUCUAGGGGGUUUUGUGGCAUGCCGAGCGCUUUCCCAAAGAAAUAGCCAUCCUGCCAAAGCUUCAAGACCAUGGGACAUUAAUCGUGAUGGAUUUGUCAUGGGAGAAGGAGCUGGAGUUCUGCUCUUGGAGGAAUUAGAUCAUGCCAAGAGAAGAGGUGCAAACAUUUAUGCGGAGUUUCUUGGUGGAAGCUUCACGUCUGAUGCUUAUCACAUGACUGAACCUCACCCUGAUGGGGUGGGCGUGACUCUCUGUAUUGAAAAGGCCUUAGCUCAGGCUGGAGUGUCUAGGGAAGAUGUAAAUUACAUAAAUGCCCAUGCUACAUCUACUCCAGCUGGAGACCUCAAAGAGUACAAAGCUCUUGCCCAUUGUUUUCGCGAAAACAGUGAGUUAAAAGUGAAUUCCACUAAGUCCAUGAUUGGUCACCUACUUGGAGCAGCUGGUGCUGUGGAAGCUGUGGCGGUUGUACAGGCAAUAAGAACCGGGUGGGUUCAUCCAAAUGUUAAUUUGGAAAACCCAGAUAAAGGAGUGGAUCCAAGCAAGCUGGUUGGCCCAAAGAAAGAGAGACUAGACAUUAAGGUGGCUUUGUCUAACUCGUUCGGAUUUGGUGGCCACAAUUCAUCAAUACUAUUUGCCCCGUACAAAUGAAUCGUCCUUGGCGGGCUUUACGACGCAAUAAUCAAGCCGAAGAUGGAUGUCGCCAUUAUCGAAUGUGAAGAUGUUAGUGUUCCCCUAGGAUGCUGGAUGCUCAGUCACAAGCAACCUCCUCGCACUCUAUAGAUAGCUGUCGUAUACAAAUGGAAAUUUGUCGGACAGCACAGUGGAGAAGAAUCCAAGGCCAAGACAUGUUGCUAGUCAUUUGCCAAAAUUGUUAUUGUGAAUUAUUGCUAAUCAUCUAUAGCCACACUAGGCAUGAUGCAACCUGGUACACCAUGCUAACUUCUUGUCUCUUUUUGUGUAAACAUAUAUUGAAAGACUAGAAUGUUAUAGAGAUCAAAUUCUGCGA